AUGGGGCUAAUAGAGGAUAUCCAAGGGAUUGCUCCUGAAAAUAUCCCGGAAGCCACGGCUCAGUACCUUUCUUUUGAUAAAGUUCGAUUGCGGUGGACAAUCGAGAUUCCCGAUUCGGGCGACGAGUAUGAGUAUAACCCCAUUCUAGAAAGGUGGGUUCCUUUGCUGGACGAAGCUGAGCCUCCUAAACACAGCAAUGAUGAGGAUGACCUUACAGAGGCAUUCAAGAAGCAGAAGCGCGAAAAACUCAAGCAGUUGCGCCACGAACGCGAACAGGAUAAGCUGUUAAGACGACAUAGAAACACCUGUAUAUAUGUUAGCCAGCUUCCGCUGGACAUCGACUACGACGAGCUGGACCGGAUUUUUGGCAAGUACGGCGUCUUGGCAGAGGACUUCCGCACAGGUCUUCACAAGAUCAAGCUGUACAAGGACGACAAUGGCAAUUUCAAGGGAGAUUGUCUUAUAGAGUAUUUGAAAGAGGAGAGCUGCGAUCUUGCAAUUGAGCUUCUCCACGACACGAAAUUACGAGGCACUGAUGAGCAUCCAAUUAGUGUCACCACAGCAGAAUUUGGCACAAAAUCUGACAAGAAGCCGGCCACCAAGCUGAACGUAAAGGAACGGUUGCAAUUGAAGAAAAAAGUCGAGAAAAUCCACAAAAAGGUGAACGAGUGGUCAGACAACGAGGACGAUGAUGACAAAACACGACUGCGCGACGAAAAGAUCGUUGUGUUCAAACACUGUUUCACUUUGAAGGAACUAAGUGACGACCCUGCAACGCUGCUGGACGUCAAGGAAGACAUUCGCGAAGGAUGCGAGGAGAUCGGGGAGGUUACCAACGUGGUUCUGUACGAUUUGGAGCCAGAAGGCGUGGUGACUGUGCGUUUCAAGUCCGCAGUUGCUGCCCAGAACUGUGUUUCCAAGAUGAACGGCCGGUUCUUUGGCGGUCAACGGCUCGAGGUUUUCAAGUACGACGGCGAGACCCAGUACAAACGUUCUCGCUCCGACAACAGCGAGCAGGAACGGCUGUCCAAGUUUGGAGACUGGCUCGACAACUAG